AACACAAAGGGUGGAAUUCUCUCGGUUUCAACUGGAGAUUUCACUGCAUCCCUCUCAUUGUGCAGAAAGCAGCAGCCAAAACACCUCUGCCCUGAGGCAGGGCGCGGUCCCCAUACAUUUCUAAACCUGGAGCGUUCUUUGUGUCUGCACUCACUCGUGAGCUUGCUCUUUCAGAAGGCGAAGGGUUUGAAGGAAGAGCAGGCACAGUGUGAGAUCUAGGAGGUGGACAUCAGAGAGAGAGAGAGAGAGAGACCAGGAAUAUGCCUUGGAUUGCCACAAGAAACAUUCUCUGCUUUCUGCUUGCUACGUUGAUUUCUCAGCCUGGGCAAUGUUGUGAGAAAAGAUUUUCGAAGAGGAUAUUUGAGGUUGAGCUUUCACCAAAGGUCCUUAGAAGGCAAACUCUUCUCACCGUCAAAUUUCAUAGCUGCCAUUUGGGAAAGCACAUUAAGUUAAGUACCGAUGAUGUAAAUUUUGGGAUCCAUUCCAAUGGCUCAUUAUAUGCAACUCAUGCCCUCAACCUUGAUAGAAACUAUCAGUUCAAAGUGAUCGCAAGGGACCAAAGGACACACAAGAAAUGGAAGGCAAGAAUCCAUUUAAUCCCAUCAGCGAAAGAGUUAACAAAUGAAUUGAAUAAGUUUACCAACAGGAAGCCUCCUGUUAUCUAUUUUCUGAAACAUCACCACUCAAAGCGCCAGAAGAGAGAAUGGAUCAUUCCACCAGUUUCCGUCAGAGAACAUGAGCCACCCAUGCACAAUCCAAUUGCUAUUAUCAGAUCAGAUUUGGAAACAAAUGAAAAUAUCCGCUACAGUAUUUCUGGCCAUGGUGCUGAUCUUCCACCUGUCAAUUUGUUUGUGAUUGAUCCCAAGACUGGCGAAUUAAAUAUUACAGGAGUGGUGGACCGUGAGAUAAAUCCUUCUUUUGUUCUCACAGGUAAAGCUUCGAACACCAUCGGUGCUGAAGUUGAGAAACGACUGUCACUUUUUGUCGAGGUUCUGGACAUCAAUGACAAUGCCCCGGUGUUCGCACAACAAGUCUUUGAAGGAGAAGUUGAAGAAUUGUCUCCAGUUGGAGCCUUUGUGUUAAAACUAAAUGCAACAGAUGCUGAUUAUGGUGAAAAUGCACAAGUUGCCUACAGAAUUCUCUCACAGGGAGGCAGUGAAAUGUUCCUUGCAAAGUCCAAUGGAGAAAUCAGAACAAUGGCAAAUACCUUAGACAGAGAGAUUCAGGAUCUGUACACGUUAACAGUGGAAGGCCGGGAUUUAAACGGAAAGGCAUCGGGAUUGUUCUCCACAGCGAAUGCUCAGAUCAGAAUCCUGGAUGUUAAUGACAACAUUCCAACAUUGGAAAAGGAGGAGUAUGAAGUCUCUGUGGAAGAAAAUUCACUGAAUGAUGAGGUCACUCGCAUCAAAGUAUUUGACAAUGACCAAGAAUUCAGCGAUAACUGGCUGGGGCACUUUGAUAUUAUCGAAGGGAAUGAAGGAGGACAUUUUAGGUUCGAAGUUGAUGAACAAACAAAUGAAGGAAUCUUGGUUCUUCAAAAGGAACUGGACUACGAAAAAGCACAAACCAGGAAUUUGGUCCUUCGAGUCUCCAAUAAAGCAGCCUAUCACUCGUCAAUUACUGGAGGAGGAGGUGGAAGUGGAAUGGUAUCUGUGGGUAAACCAAUCAGAAUCAAAGUCAACGUGAAAGACAAGAAAGAAGGCUUUUCAUUUAAACCAACAACGAAGAGGCUCACUGUUAGUGAGGAUCAAACAAAAGUUACGAUUGGUCAAUCAUUCGGAAAAUAUCCAGCCAUCAGUGCUGACACUGGGAAAGAAAGUGAACGCACCAGAUAUGCAAAGAAUUCUGAUCCAGCGAACUUCUUCAACAUUAACCCUGUUACCGGGGAGAUAACACUGAACAGAAUGCCUGAUCGUGAGUCACCUCAUGUUGCUGAUGGGAAAUACACAGCAACUGUCCUGGCCAUCGAUAACGAAGGACCUGUUCCUAAAACAGCCACGGGUACUGUGGUCCUUGAUGUGGACGAUGACAACGACAAUAUUCCUCUCAUUCACAAUCUCCAGCCUUGCAUGUGUGAGCGAGCAAAAUCUCUGCUUGUCACGGCACACGAUGCAGAUUCCUAUCCGAACGCAGCUCCGUAUCAUUUCAAACUCGUGGAUCAACCAGGCGUCACAGACAAGUGGAAGAUUUUAAUGAAAAAUGAUACCAGUGCAGAGCUUCAGCCUUUAGUUGACCUCUGGCCACACACCUUCAAAGUCCCUAUCAAGGUGGAAGAUAACCAGGGGUCUGGUAAAAUCCAGGACAUGGACGUAAGCGUGAUCGAAUGUGCCGGCAAUGACCUGACCUGUACUCCCGACAAAAUGCGGCAGAUUGGAUCCAAAAAAGCUGCCCUCGGCGGGCCUGCGAUUGGUCUCAUGGCACUUGCGGCUUUGUUGUUACUCCUCGCUCCCCUCCUGCUGCUUUUCUGCAACUGUGGUGGUGCUGGAGGACCUUUUGCACCGGUUAAAGACUUUAAACAAAUCCCCAUUGAACCUCUCGGAUACCUGGAAAAGAUCAACUUCGAAGGAGGUGGUGAGGCGGACACGAGUUCUCCUUUGCUUCUGGCUGAUGGAAAGACAUCUGGUGGAAUGGCAGCUGAUGGGAUGGGAGUCGGUGGAACGGGAGCCAGUACAUUGAAUGCUGGAGGAAUGGGAGUCGGUGGAAUGGCAACUGGUUCGCUCUCUGUGGUUGACGGCUACAACAGUAGAUUCUCACAAGAAAUAAAACACACAGUCGGGGGUUCACAAAUAAUCAAUGCGGGAGUAGCUCCUGCUUAUCUUGAGAGGAGUUCAGUAGCAGGGACGUAUCGGCCUAUCUCCGGAGCAGCACACGAAAGAAGAAAGUCAAGCAGCUAUAAAGGCUACAUUGGAUCCUAUAUUAAUGAGAAAUUGGAUGGAUGUGCUGAGGAAGAUCAGAACCGUCCAGCCCGAGACUGUCUCCUGGUCUACAACCACGAAGGCGAUGGCUCACCAGUUGGCUCCAUUGGCAGCUGCAGCUUUAUUGAGGAUGAACCCCAAUUUAAGGACUCUUAUUUGGAUGACCUGGGCCCAAAAUUCAAGAUGUUGGCUGACAUCUGUGUUGGUAAAUUUGAGAGUCAAGCUUUGACCGUCAGUGCUGAUCCUCCUGUCAGAGUCGAUCCUCCCCUCAGAGAGAGCUUUUCGACAACAGAAACAUCUGUAUCAUCCAGCUCAGGAGGAUUUCAUGGCUUGAACUUUGUCGCUGACCCACCGCGAAUGCAGAAGAAUUAUGUUGUGACCACAACGAUCAAUCCUGUGCCCGACGUGUUACCUGGCAUUGCAGAUUUGCCAGUUGCCCACCAAAAUGUCAUAAUGACCAAACAAGUUACUGCCAAUGCAGGAGGAAUGGUCAUAGACCCAUUGAUCGCCCACCAGAAUGUCAUAAUGACCAAACAAGUCAAUGCCAACGCAGGAGGGAUGGUCAUAGACCCAUCGAUCGCCCACCAGAAUGUCAUAAUGACCAAACAAGUCAAUGCCAACGCAGGAGGGAUGGUCAUAGACCCAUCAAUCGCCCACCAGAAUGUCAUAAUGACCAAACAAGUCAAUGCCAACUCAGGAGGGAUGGUCAUAGACCCAUCGAUCGCCCACCAGAAUGUCAUAAUGUCCAAGUCUGUUAAUGUCAGCUCGGGGGGCACGCAAGGAAUGAUCAUUGAUCCAUUGCUCACCCAGAUGCCUGAGGUCCAUAAAAAUGUCACACUGAGCAGAUCGAUUCGCUCUGGCACCGGGCAGGAGCAGAACAUGAUGGUUGGCUCGUCGCUCGAUCAGAUCCCUGUCAUCCACAAGAACGUCACUCUGACGAGGCCUUCCCACACCCCUGCGGUAGGGGAGGGUGCCACCUUCCCGCUGGCCCAGAAUAGUAGCACCACUCGCAAAUCUGUCACAUCCACUGACGGUGUGCAUAAAACCAUAACAAAAGUGACUAAAGUUACGCAGGUAAUGCAGGAAUAG